UGACUGUUUACACUGUGAGAGAGGAGGCAUGUGGGUGAAGAACAGCAGCAACUCAGGAGAAACGGCCCUCACAUAAACAUGUAGGAUAUCUUACACACACAUACACGCACACACAGGAAACAGCAGAAUGGACCAGAGAGUUGAACACAGUUUUUAUCCUCCUGAGGGCCAGCCCAGCAGACCCAGAGAUGUGCUUGUUAAGUCAGCCUCAGCAUAUGCAGAUAUCCAAUGGGAACAGCCUCAUCAGCCGAGAAACCCGGACAGGGAUCCAUUUGGUUACCCUCAUCGUGAGAUCCCCCCACUGGCCAAUUAUACUCCUCAGCCUGAUUACAUGACAGGGGAUGAUGAUCUCAUCAAGCCUAAAAAGCUGAAUAAUCCAGUGAAAGCCUCUAAAAGCCACCAGGAGCUUCAUCGGGAGCUGCUUAUGAACCAUAAACGAGGUAUUGGUGUGGAGAACAAGCCAGAAUUGCAACGUGUGUUGGAGCAAAGGAAGAGAGAGCAGAUGAUAAAACAAAGAAAGCAGGAGGAGGAGGCCAGGAGGAAAAUCUCUCCAUUGGAACAGGAGCUUCUCAAGAGACACCAGAAACUAGAGGAGCUGGAGAAGGAGCAAGCAAGAUUGGAGGACAGCAACUGCAGUGCUCCGGAAUUCAUAAAAGUGAAGGAAAACCUGAGACGAACAUCGUUUACAAGUUCUGAAGAGAAGGAGGUGUAGGGGCGUAAACAAAGACUGGAUCCAUAUGUAUUUGUGCACAGCCAGUAACAUAGAGAGCUGCUGCAGCUCCUAAACACCACCCACACGACUCUGCUUCUCUACUUCCUGUCUCACACCAACAAUACACUCACCUCUCUCUGUAGGAGGUUCAGAGAGGUCAGAGAUAAGGACAAGACCCAAAGGGCCUCUGCUACACCUUCACAUUAUAAGGAGGUCGAUGCUUACGAGGUUUCAGGAGACUGCAAAGAGAAAAAGAGUGUUUUUUUCUGCUCUGGGUCAGACUUGAUGGGUUAAAGAUUAACUGCCCAGGAUGCUUAUGAGUUUGUGUGUAUGCAUGGAUGGACUGCUAUGUUCUGGUUCUGCCACAUUAGAUGAAAAAGUGAAAACAAGGUACAGGGAUUAGUUUCAGAGUGAAAAAAAAACAGGCUAUUUCUCUCUAAAUGACAGGCAGAACAUGUAUAAGGCGGCGAUUACACAAACAAUAUCAGUAUUAUAGGCAAAUUGUUUUUUAUCAAACCGCCAAAUAUUUGUUCAUUGCCUAAUUUUUAACAUUGUCUCUUAUACUUAACAAUCAGCACUUGUCACUUUUAAAAUAUAGGAACUAUGAUUAUUUUCAGCUUUCAUCACCCUUGAUUUGCAGUAUAACACCUUGCACGUGUGCACACAAAAUUAAUUUUACUCCUAAGAAAACAACAACAACAACAACAACAACCAUUAAACAGUUCAUAACUACAGUGAUGGCUAAAAUGAUGAUGCACUUUUACGAAGCUAACCAUUUAAUUUGACACGUCAUAGAGUUAAACCAGUAUAAAAGCAGGGAAGUUUCUGGUUUGUGCUUACUACUGUGCCUUUGUUAAAGUAGGAUAGGCUGCCUGACUGUUACUGUGGUCCAAUGUAUGUUGCAUAGAAUUUUGUUCAUAGUCAUAUCUUUAUGAAAUGUUCCCUAAUAAAACAGUUUUACAUUG